ACGUGUAGUUUGGUGGAGAGACGGCAGUGUGAUGAUGGGAGAGAACUAAUUGAAAUUCGAGAGGGUGAGAUUGAUUGAAGAUGGACCUCAUUACUCUGUGUCGACACAUGAUCUGUCUGAUCAUCACCAGCCAUCUUUUGAUAGCUACUGAAGCCACUCUCUCCAAGGGUCAGAAAAAGAAAAAGUCACAGAAGGAAGACUACAGCAGUAAGAAUGUGUUUGACAGAGACCUUGUAACAGAGGAUAUCAAAAUUAAGGACAUCUUGCGAGAACACAAGGCUUACUGUGAUGUAGAAAAAGAAAUCAAGAGGUUUCCGGGUAAAACGUUGGCCUAUGUAACCCCUUGGAAUGCUCAUGGUUACAACAUCGCCAAGAGGUUUUCACAGAAGUUUUCCUAUGUGUCACCUGUAUGGCUUCAAGUCAAGCGCAAACCUGGAGGUGCCUUUCUUAUACAGGGUUCGCAUGAUGUGGAUCGAGGCUGGGCAGAUGAGGUGACCGCAGGAAAGCAUGCCAAAAUUUUGCCCCGUGUGUUCUUUGAUGGCUGGAAUGGAAAAGAUUAUGGUGCUCUCUUCAGUAGUGAAGAUGCCAUGGAGGAUUGUAUACAAGUUAUUCUUGACUUCAUAAAGAAGAACAAGUUUGCAGGAGUAGUGAUUGAGAUCUGGUCACAGCUUGGAGGACAGGCUCAUAAAGAGAUGCAACACUUCUUGAAUCACCUAGGUGAAAUGUUCCACACAGCAAAGAAAUUGUUCAUUCUUGUCAUCCCUCCACCUAUGUAUCCAGGCGGAGUGAUAGGUAUGUUCACUAAGGAGGACUUUGAUGCCCUAGAAAACAAUGUUGAUGGUUUCAGUCUAAUGACGUACGACUUCUCCAGUCAGAGGAAACCAGGAGCCAAUAGUCCUAUUGACUGGGUCAAAGAUUGUGUUGAGGCAUUGGUGCCUGAAGACGAUCCAACAUCUAGGUCAAAAAUUCUUUUAGGACUCAACUUUUAUGGUAACGACUUCACAAUGGUUAAAGGAGGUGAGGGAGGAGCAAUUGUGGGCAGUCAAUACAUAGAUAUACUGAAGAAACACAAGCCAAAGCUACAGUGGAAAGAAGACACUGCUGAACAUGUUGGUGAAUACAAGUCUUCAGGUGUGACACACAAUGUCCAUUUUCCAACACUGAAAUCUAUACAAGUACGACUAGACCUGGCGAAGACAAUGGGCACCGGGAUCUCCAUCUGGGAAAUAGGUCAAGGGCUUGACUACUUCUAUGACCUCUUGUAGAAAAUUCCUUUUUUUUUAACAUUUGGGUUUUCAAAAAGAUGAAAAUGGAAAAGUGAUUAGCUUAAUGAUAUAUCUGUUAUAACAAGAAUUGUUAAUGGGGUUUGAAUACAGUUGAAAUAUGGGUCAUUUUAAAUGUUGAUCCUAUACAAAGCCUAUUUGGAAAUCAUACCUGAAAAUAUAAUAUGCAUUUUAUGUGAUUCUUAUUACUUUCCAAUACAUAUAGAGGAUAUUUGAUAGUUUCCCAUUUAAUAUCAUACAUAUUUCACAAGAAUGA